UUUUAAAAUUACAGUAAAAGUUCAAGAAAAUGAAAAUGUAUACGUAAUUGGAGUUGUUAAAACUUAAAAAUACAGAAAAAAAUCUUACAUCUUACAUAUAAAUAUUACAGAUUUUAUUUCUCCUAUAUCAAGGUGCUCUUCUUAAUUUCUUUCUAUUUCUCAUAUUCUGAUAUUCGCAAAAUUUCUUUUUAGUGUGCAUUAGCUGGAUUUUGCACUUGUUUUUAGACAAGCUAUUAUCUACAUCCCACCAGCUUGGCAGCUAAUUAGCUUUUGUGUAUUAUUACUCCAUUUUCCUUUUCUUUCAAUACUUUGAUUUACAAUUUGUACCUUUUUAAUAUAUUUUUUCAUUCAAAUUUGUCAUACUUUGAAUUCUUAAUUGGGAUUGUCAUCAAUUGUUGGUAGUUCUCUUUUUGCGCGUUUUUGGAUUGAUUUUGUUGAUUUAUUCAACUUGUAUUGAGUUAUUUCUUGGGAGUUGAAUAUGGUUCUUCUUGGAGCUUCAAUAAUCUGAAAGGAAAAUUGACAUCUAAGCUCUGGAGUGACCAAAAAUGGGCUAUAGAGAUACUAUUAUUAUGUUGGUCUUGUUACUAUGCCUAGCUUGGUUUUCUAAUGAAGUUUAUGCUGAUACUUUUCUGGUAGAUUGUGGCUCAACAACUAAUACCACUGUAGGCAGUAGGGUGUUCUUGGCUGAUAACUAUGCCUCAAAAUAUCUUACAACAUCAUCCAACAUUCUGGCAAAUAGUCCUGGGAAUACCAUUUUACGGUUGUAUCAAACCACUAGAAUUUUCGAUAAAACAACGAGUUACAAGUUUCCCAUAAGCCAAAUGGGACGAUACUUCAUCCGUCUCCAUUUCUACCCGUUUACUUACAUGUCUUACAAUUUGAACACCGCAAAGUUCACAGUUUCUGCUCAGCAGUUUGUCCUCCUUAGUGAUUUUACCCCUCCAAAAUCGUCUAUUGUGAAAGAGUACUCCCUUAUCGUUACUUCAAAAGAGCUUGAAAUUAUAUUAAACCCUGCCUCGAAUUCUGUGGCUUUCUUGAACGCGUUAGAAGUAUUCUUAGUUCCUGAUGGGUUAAUUCAAGAUGAUGCCACCUUAACUAACCCGCUUGAAGCCUUCAAGGGUCUUUUGAAUGUCGCUUUAGAAACUGUUUUCAGGGUGAAUAUGGGAGGGCCUUUGGUUGACAGUAGCAAUGACACUCUUUGGCGAAGUUGGGUUCCCGAUGAUAGAUUCUUGGAGCAUAAGGAUUUUGGUGUUGCUAUCCCGGAUAAGCCAGUUAAAUACAAGACAGGUUUAGCUACGACAGAUGAUGCACCACCGGCUGUUUAUGGAACUUGUAGAAGGCUGAAUGUUAACAGUACCGGGGAUGAUGUCAGUGUAAAUUUCAACGUCACUUGGAAUUUUUACAUACAGCCAGGGUUCCAAUAUUUAAUCCGGUUUCAUUACUGUGAUAUAGUGAGUACAUCUUUGAACGAACUAUAUUUCAAUGCGUUUGUAGAUUCAUGGCGAGUUUCUCAAAACCUUGAUCUUAGCACCGUCACUAUUGGAUCUUUGGGUACUCCUGUUUUUUAUGAUUUUGUUACACCAGCAAUAUCGGAUGAUAAGCUUCGUAUAAGCAUUGGACCAAACACCCAAAAUGGGAAUCUUCCUGAUGCUAUUUUAAAUGGGCUGGAGAUUAUGAAAAUGAGCAGUUCGAAAAACACCCUAGAUGGGGCUGCUGUUAUCCCUUCUUUGCAGGGCGAUUCCAAGAGUAAGAUGGUUGUGAUCGUUGGGGUAGUUGUCGGGGGAGUCUCGCUCCUUGUUUUGGCAGUCAUUUUCGUGUUCUUCUGUAGAAGGAGAAGCAAGAAUCUGGCUCACGGUCAUUCUAAGACAUGGAUUCCACUCUCUCUUACCGGAGGGACUUCUUACACGAUGGGAAGCAAGUACUCAAACGGUACUGUCACUAGUAUAGCUUCAAACUUGGGGUAUCGCAUUCCUUUUGCCGCCAUUCAAGAGGCAACCAACAAUUUCGAUGAGAGUUGGGUCAUUGGAAUUGGUGGUUUCGGGAAGGUGUACAAGGGUGUCUUAAACGAUGGCACCAAGGUGGCUGUAAAACGGGGUAAUCCUCAAUCUCAGCAAGGCCUAGCUGAAUUUCAAACAGAAAUCGAAAUGCUCUCACAAUUUCGCCACCGCCAUCUGGUCUCGUUAAUAGGAUAUUGUGAUGAGAAAAAUGAGAUGAUCUUGAUCUACGAGUACAUGGAAAACGGAACCCUUAAAGGCCAUCUCUAUGGAGCCGGAAAUCCUUGUCUUAGUUGGAAGCAAAGGCUCGAGGCAUGCAUUGGUUCGGCCAGAGGCCUUCACUACCUCCAUACCGGUUAUGCAAAAGCAGUUAUUCAUCGGGAUGUUAAGUCAGCCAACAUUUUACUUGACGAGAGUUUCAUGGCUAAAGUUGCUGAUUUCGGUCUUUCAAAGACCGGACCAGAGCUUGAUCAGACCCAUGUUAGUACAGCUGUAAAGGGAAGUUUCGGAUACCUUGAUCCUGAAUAUUUUAGAAGACAACAGCUUACUGAAAAGUCAGAUGUGUAUUCAUUCGGGGUAGUCUUGUUCGAAGUUCUUUGUGCAAGGCCUGUCAUUGAUCCCACAUUGUCGCGGGAAAUGGUUAAUUUAGCCGAGUGGGCAUUGAAGUGGCAGAAAAAAGGGCAACUCGAACAAAUCAUAGACCCUAAUCUACAAGGCAACAUAAAGCCGGAGUCUCUUAGAAAGUUCGGGGAAACUGCUGAAAAGUGUUUGGCCGAUUAUGGUGUUGACAGGCCGUCAAUGGGAGACGUUUUGUGGAACUUAGAGUACGCACUACAACUUCAAGAGGCCACAGUCCCGGAUGAUCCUGAAGAACACAGCACGAAUGUGAUCGAAAAUAUUGCUCCACAAGUUAAGGAUUUCAAUGCCAAUGAUGUCUCUAAUGUUUCUUCUGUUCAAUACGAAACAACAAAUGUUGAUGAUCUUUCGGGUGUGUCUAUGAGCAGGGUGUUUUCUCAGUUAGUGAAAUCAGAAGGCCGAUGAUUUGAAGGUAUAAUGCCGACAACCAAUGUACUAUAAUGCUCUCGUAUAUGUCGAUCUACACUAAAUGUAACGGGCAAAUCUCAAUUCGCAGCAUAUUGUUAUAAAAGCUUUGUAAUUUGUACAUCACCAAGCUAUUCACUUUACACAUGUGGUAAUUGUUAUACUACAAGAUUUUGUAAUAACUUUGAUUACUAUUUUUUGUAUUCAUUUUCCUUUGGUUGUAUAGAAGGGAUUUUGUCUGACUUGAUUUAUACUAGUGAAGUUUUUGCAAUCUAUUCUACAUGUUUCCACUUCAUGAU